GAAGAAUUUCUCCGCGAUCAUCCGGGGCUGAGGCCCUUCGUUCUCUCCGACGUCCAGCUCACUGGCACCGAAAUCGGCGGUGGGGCUUACGGCAAAGUGGAGGAGGUGGUCGUUUCUGUUGGCGCCGCCGCUAAAACAAUCUACGCCUUCUUGCGAGAAGCCAAAGCCUCGACCGAGUUCGUGAGGGAAUGUCAGCUUAUGAGCACCCUCCGCCACCCGAACAUCGUCCAGUUUCUGGGCGUCGCUUUCUUUCCCGGCUCACGACUGCCAGCCCUCGUCAUGGAGCGACUGCUGACGAGUCUUCACGACUUGCUGGCUCCUGACCCGCCGCCUCCGUCCGGCGCCGUCACGCCGCUAUCUUUCUUCUCCGUGGAUCUCAAGUCCUCCGUUCUGCACAACGUAGCGUGUGGCCUAGCAUACCUCCACGAGCGAUCAUCGCCCGUCAUCCACCGCGACUUGUCGGCCAGAAACGUUCUCCUGGACUCGGAGAUGGUGGCCAAGAUAGCGGACCUGGGCGUGGCUCGUAUCGUUACUCGUGUGAGAGCUGCAGCCACCAUGACAAAGGGACCAGGGGCCUUAGUCUACAUGCCUCCAGAGGCUUUUGCACCAACUCGAUCGAAUACCGAUAAGUCGAAAUACGAUGCCAGCAUCGAUAUAUUCUCUCUUGGAGUUGUCACCGUUUUCGCAAUUGGUGAAGUCUUCCCCUGUGAUCCUCUAGAGCCAAACUACUUUGAUGAAAAGAGUGGAGUGCUGUUAGGUCGCACUGAACUACAGCGACGUGCUGAGUACAUGCGAUAUGUAAACGAGCAACUCCGUGCCUGUGGCCAGCUCCGUGGGGACCACCCUCUCAUUCGGCUGAUCCAGCAAUGCCUGCACAAUCUCCCAGCCAAGAGGCCAGGUAUUCGAGAGGUGCUUCGUCUGUUGGAGGAGGCCAGAGCUGGUUUUAGAGAUGAAGGGAGUGAGAGGAACAAACAUGAACUGGUACGAGCUCUUCAGACCCAACCCAGGAACCAGAAUUUGGAGCGUGUUCUCCGAGACCUGGUGACAGAGAAUGCUCAUCUCCAGUCCCGUGUGCAGGCUAAAGACACGGGAGAUUGCUGCAGCACAGCAGCGAUUGAGACGUAAUGAAGAACAUAUGCAAGCAACUGAGAGGGAGAUGCAGACACUCAGACAAGAGCUGACAAGAAAAGAAACAGAAGUGACGAGAAAUAAAGCAGAGCUGACAAGAAAGGAAGUUGACUUGGCUGAAACUCGGCAACAGUUUAUACAAAAGGAUGCAGAGGUGGCGAGAAAAGAGGCAGAGGUGACGAGGGCAGAGGAGACUAUCAGGAGAGAGCAGCAGCAGAUUCAGGAGAUGAGACAGAGAGAGACUGAGUUAGUGCAGGCCAAGGACAGGGAGAUAGCUCUGCUUCAGCAGCAACUGGGGGAAAAGCACUCUUACACAUGUCAGGUCAGUGGACCUGGUCUAACAUCAGCCACAGUCAACCAACCAACACACGUCCUAGUCCAACUAACUGACUCUAGUGGUAGACCAUACUCACUUCCACUGAAUGUCACCGCACAACUUGAGCUCGUUUCAAAAGCCACACCCACAAAUACACCUGAAGCCACACCCACUAGAUCAAGGUGGCCUUGGUCGAAGAAACAGCCAGAAAAACAGGUAUUGGUUGCCAUGACGUCUCCCUCCCAAUACGAGGUGUCGUACACACCAGUCAGUCGAGGCCAACACAAACUCCAUGUUCAAGUCAACGACAGGGAAAUCAAUGGCAGCCCCUUCACUGUGACCGUGUACCCUGACCCCAGACAACUAGGCCACCCAGUGAGGACUGUGACUGGAUUGGUCAAACCAUAUGGCAUUGCCUUCAACAGUCACCAGGAGAUGAUUGUCAGUGAAUGUGGGGGUCAUAGAUUGUCUAUCUUUGACAUCAGAGGACAGAAAAUUCGAACAUUUGGAUCACGUGGUGACAGUCCAGAUCAGAUGAAAUACCCUACAGGCAUAGCAACUGAUGAUACUGACAAUAUUUAUGUGAGCAGUGAGCACAAGCUGCAGAAGUUCACUAGCAGGGGUGAACUGAUCAAAUGUAUUGGUCGGAGGGGCAGUAAGGAGGGGGAGUUUAAUGAUCCACGUGGAGUAACACUGUAUGACAAUCAAGUGUAUGUGUGUGAUCAUUAUAACCAUCGCAUUCAGGUGUUUGACCUCGACUUGAACUUUGUCCGAUCCAUUGGCUCACGUGGCAAAGGAAGAGGUGAAUUCGAUGCACCAUAUGAUGUCAAAUUUGACACUGCCGGGAACAUGUAUGUAGCUGAGUUUGGUAAUGGGAGAGUGCAAGUAAUGGACACCAGUGGCCAAUUCAUACGAGUAUUUGGUCAGGAAGGAGAGGGAAAACUGCGUGGGCCAUCAGGUCUUCAUAUUGUUGACAAGUAUGUGUAUGUGUCUGAUUACAUUGGUGAUUGUAUUGUAGUGUAUGAGAUCUCAGGUCAGUUUGUCACCUCAUUUGGAAGGCGUGGUCAGAAAGAGGGAGAGUUUAAUGGUCCACGCUGUAUCACUUCUUGUGUUGAUGGUUUUAUACAU